CAGUGCUAGGCCGCAACUGACAACAUUCAGUUGUUGACAAUUUGAAGAGUAACCGAGACAAAAUAACUGCAUCCGAAUCAAUUAAAAAUGAAGCUUGAGGAAUUUUCCUCUACUACCACAGCAGAUCCAGAUAUCCAGCAUCCAAAAGAUGCCCAAUAUAUUUGGCUGCCUUUUCUCGUUCUUGUUGGAAUAUUUCUACUUGCCGGUUUGGUCUAUGCCAUGUCACGUAGCCGCUGUUUGUCCUCCCGUGAUAAAUGCUGGUGCUGGAAGCGCAGAAAUAACAUUCGCAACGGCUAUAUAAAUGUGGAUGAUGGGGAUUUCGAUUCCGAUGUGUCCAUGGCUUGUGGUGAUGAAUUUGGUGAAAACAGGGCCACAGCCUGUCUACUAAAUGGACGCCUGCACAUUGAUAGUCGUCCUUCUGGGCAUCCAGCGCCUUCUCCAAUUGUCAAUUCACUUGCUGCCUAAGAGAAAAGUAAGGAUGAUUAUGGAACCAGUGGCCUCGCAAAAGACUUUAACAUUUAGUUUAAAGCUAAAUAAGACAUUGCACUUUCAUUUUAUUGUCUUCAUUGCCUUAGUAACUAAGAGACAGACUAAUCAUUUAUGCAUAUUGUACCUAAAUGUAAAUGAUAAAUCAAAAAACUAUGUAAAACUGAAA